AGAGUACUAGACUAAACACACACACACAGUGACUAUACUUACUAGUAUUAUCUAAAUCUAGCAAAAUCUGUUACUCUUUUUACUCCUUUACUCUUUGCAUUUUUACUCACCCUCUUCAAACCCUAUACUCAAAAUCCCAUCUUUUCCUCUCUCUCUCUCAUCUUUGCAGCCAUGAAAACAACCAAUGUAGAUGAAGAAGAAAAACAGGAUUAUUAAUUGACAAGCAAUAAUUAAAAAAAAACCCACAUUCCCAGCUAUGGGAAAAGGGGAAGAACACACUUUGCCAACAACAUUAACAACAGUUGAUUCACAAUCAAAUGUUGUUAAUCAUCAUGCUUCUGCUGCUGCUGCUGCACAUAAUUGUGUUGGAAGAAUUGGUGGAUUGUUUAAGUUUAAAUGUGUGUUUGUAUUAAUUCUUGGAUUAUCAGUAUUGAUUUCAGCUGUUUUUUGGUUACCCCCUUUUUUUAAAAAUGGAGAUCAUGGGGAUCCAGAUCUUGAUGACUAUCAGUAUAAAGGUCAUGAUAUAGUAGCAACAUUUAUGGUUCAGAAGCCAUCAUAUUUGCUGCAAGAUGAUUUGCCACAGCUUGGGCGUGAUAUAUUUGAUGAAAUACGAGUUCCCACUACCAAGGUUGUAAUUCUAACGGCAGAAGAAACUGGCAAUUUGAAUACAACCAAGGUUAUAUUUAGUGUUGAUCCCAAUGAGCAUAAUUCUAAGAUAUCAUCAUAUGCUAAAACCUUAGUAAGAGAUUCUUUUGUAUCUCUUGUUCUACACCAAUCACCUCUGAGUUUGACCGAGUCUUUGUUUGGGGAACCAUCUUCAUUUGAGGUAUUGAAAUUUGUUGGAGGCAUCACUGUAACUCCUGUCCAGAAAGCAUAUCCGUUGCAGAAGGUACAGAUACAGUUCACCUUUACAUUGAACUUUUCUGUUCAACAAAUACUAGACCACUUUGGUGAAUUGACAAGCCAACUCAAGUCAGGAUUGCAUCUUGGUCCAUACGAGAACUUGCAUGUUAGCUUGACGAAUCCAAAAGGUUCAACAGUCGCUCCUCCUACGACUGUGCAGGCAUUAGUUGUUCUGGUUAUCGGGACUCCAUCGACGGCAAGGUCAAAACAGUUGGCUCAAACCAUCAAAGGUACUCAAACAGAUAAUCUCGGCCUAAACAACACCCAGUUUGGAAAGGUUAAGCAAGUUCGCCUGUCAACUCUUUUUAACAGUUCUAGUGGUGGUGCUACCCCUACACCUUCUCCAGCUCCACUACUUGAUCCUCCUCAACCUCACCAUAACCACCACCAUCACCACCACCACCAUGACAAGCAACUGCCAUCAGCAAAAGCACCUUUACCACACACCCCUGCACUCCCACCCGUUCCCACCCCUGCACCUCAUAAUUUUCAUAAUGCAAAACCUCCAGAAUAUCAACCCAGGUACAAAAGGAAGAGAAAGAAUGCAAAUAGGCAUCUUCCUCUAUAUCCACCUGUUUCUCAGCCAGCUCUUUCACCACAUACCCCACCAGUGAGAAAUCUUCCGUCUCCCCCACCACCACGGCUACCUCCACCACCACCAUCACGACCGCCAUCACCACCACCAUCACUGCCGCCACCACCACCAUCAUCAAGGCCACCUCCUCCGCCAUUUUUACAGCCUCCACCACCUGUAGCUGAAGCCAUCCCUGCAUCAAGCCCAUUGCCAAAUGUAGUUUUUGCACAUACCCGUCCCCCGUCAAAAAGUGAUUCAGAUGCAGACUCUCCUGACAUGACACCGCCAGGUUCAAUUUCGCAACCAUCAUCAUGUGCAGGUGCGCCUUUGAGGGCAUUUCCGGCAUUUCUAGUAGUCAUCUUGUUACAUUUAUUGCAGCAAUAAUGAGAUAAAGGCUUUAUAUUCUAUAAUCAAACUUGGGUACUUGAUAUAGAUGAAUGUUUUGUAUAAUUCCUUCCAACUGAAACGAUGAUGUUGGAGGUCUGUACAAGUGAGGGAGCAAUGCAAAAAGAUGGGCGCGCCCUCAUAGUCCUAAGUGGAUAUAUAAUUGUUGUUUUGUGAUUGUAAAUAUUUGAAUUACAAGUUGAGGGGCUCGAUAUGUUUUCAGGUCAAAGUCACGGAGGUGACGGGCCCUUGAUUACAAUGGUCGCCCCUUGUUUUGUGUAUGAUUCUCUUCACCAAGUUAGAAGGGAAAACGAACCAACAAAUGUAUCACGUUCUUUUUUUGUUGUUGCUAAUCUAUUCAAGGCACGAGUAUGCUUAUUGCUAGAAUGCCUUUCACAAA